CAACAACAAUCCAUCCAAAAUGGCGCUCCUAACCCCGCAGUGGAGAUGAGAAGCUCGUGUUCGAGUCGUCCGAGGCGGUCACUGUCGUACGUACAUGAAGACGCAAGGCUGCCCGACAGUGGAGAAGGCAGCGCUUCGUCGAGAGGGGUGGGAGCGGUCAUUGACAUGGGCGCUUUUGCUCCUCUCGAAUACAGGCUCCGACGUGCACUUAACCUUAGGGAGGACCUUCUCCGCGGCAUCUACGCCUACAACUUUGAGAAGCCCUCGGCUAUCCAGCAGCGUGCCAUCAUCCCGAUCAUGCGCGGCCGCGACGUGAUUGCUCAGGCGCAGUCCGGUACCGGUAAGACUGCCACCUUUGCCAUCUCGGCGCUGCAGUCGAUCGACUUGAACAUCCGCGAGACGCAGGUUCUCGUGCUGUCGCCUACUCGCGAGUUGGCGGUCCAGAUUCAGACGGUCGUGCUCGCGCUCGGCGACUACAUGAACGUGUCGUGCCACGCCUGUAUCGGCGGCACGUCGGUCGGGGAGGACAUUCGCAAGCUCGAGGCUGGACAGCAGGUUGUCAGCGGUACCCCCGGUCGUGUGUUCGACAUGAUCCGCCGCCGCAACCUCCGCACCAAGGACAUCAAGAUGCUCAUCCUCGACGAGUCUGACGAGCUGCUCAACAAGGGCUUCAAGGACCAGAUCUACGACAUCUACCGCUACCUCCCUCCUGCCACUCAGGUCGUCAUCGUCUCGGCUACGCUCCCCCACGACGUGCUCGAGAUGACGACCAAGUUCAUGACCGACCCCAUCCGCAUCCUCGUCAAGCGUGACGAGCUGACCCUCGAGGGCAUUAAGCAGUUCUUCGUCGCCGUUGAGAAGGAGGACUGGAAGUUUGACACUUUGUGUGACCUCUAUGACACCCUCACCAUCACCCAGGCUGUCAUCUUCUGCAACACGCGCCGCAAGGUCGACUGGUUGACGGAGAAGAUGCGCGAGGCCAACUUCACCGUCAGCAGCAUGCACGGCGAGAUGGUGCAGAAGGAGCGUGACGCCAUCAUGGCCGAGUUCCGUGGCGGCCAGAGCCGUGUUCUAAUCACGACCGACGUGUGGGCACGUGGUAUCGACGUUCAGCAGGUCUCGCUGGUUAUCAACUACGACCUGCCAUCGUCGCGUGAGAACUACCUGCACAGGAUAGGUCGCUCUGGCCGUUUCGGUCGCAAGGGUGUUGCCAUCAACUUUGUGACGAUCGAGGAUGUGCGCAUCCUGCGUGACAUUGAGCAGUACUACUCUACUCAGAUUGACGAGAUGCCCAUGAACAUUACCGACCUUGCGUGAUGUGGGCUCAACGCGAGGCAUAGUAGUUUAUUGUCUGUAUGCACACUGUAUAAGCUUAGACA